CAUGGCUGCGAGUUUACUAUACUAUGCGCCGCUUAGGAGACGCAUAGUUGGCUACCGUCCAAGUGAUUACAUCGUGUUUUUAGAUACGAACACUAGCGGUGUAAUUUGUGAAGUGCAACGAGGUUUUUAGCAUUAAUUUAGCGAUACUUAAAGUACAGGACUUAUUCAAAAUGUCUGAAAGUCGAGAUGACUUAAUCAUAAAGGCUAAAUUGGCCGAACAGGCCGAAAGAUACGAUGAAAUGGCCGAGUGUAUGAAAAAGGUCGCCGCAAGCGGGCCUGAGCUGAAAUCGGAGGAACGUAAUUUAUUGUCAGUUGCUUACAAAAACGUGGUCGGGUCGCGUCGCUCUUCGCUCCGUGUGAUUUCCAGCAUAGAGGAGAAGGAAAAAGAUGAAACGAAGGGGGCUACCGUGAAGUCGUACAGGGAGAAAAUCGAGAAAGAGUUGACGGAGAUGUGCGAGGUAGUCAUUAAACUGUUGGACGAUGUGCUCUUACCGAACAACAAUGAGACGGACAGUAAAGUGUUCUUCCUCAAAAUGAAGGGCGACUACUACCGCUACCUCGCUGAGGUGGGUUCCAGGAAGGAUGAAGUUGUCAACAAAUCCAAGAUCGCGUAUGAGGAGGCGUACAAAGUGGCCACCGAAAAUCUCCAGGCGACGAAUUCAAUACGCCUCGGUCUGGCAUUGAAUUUCAGUGUAUUCCAUUACGAGAUCAUGAACAACUCCGCGGAGGCAUGUCGCCUGGCCAAGACGGCGUUCGAUGACGCCAUUGCAGAGUUAGAUAAUCUGGACGAACACGCCUAUAAAGACAGUACCCUUAUCAUGCAGCUCCUUAGAGACAAUCUUACGCUGUGGACCUCAGAAAAUCCCGAAGCCGAGGACGACUAGUGACACUUGAUAACAAACAUAGAGAAAACAUGUGUUUUUGUUGUUUUUUUAGAGGAAUAUUUGUAAUUAUAUAUAACAAAUAGAUUACAGUGAAAUAUUUUAGUGAAUGUUAAACUAGUUGCCGGUAAAUUCGGAUCUGCAUAGUUUUAAAGAAAACACCAUGCUUCAGGUAAAAUGAAAGGCGUAUGUUAUUAUUUUGUUUUAUGAAUAAAUCAACAUGCAAUACAUUUGAUAUGGAAACUUCUGUAUAAGAGAUUUAAGUACGUGAUUUUAUUAAAAUUAUGAGUAACGUACACAAUCAAUAAGCAUACUUUAGAUUGAACAGUUUAAACAUGUCAUGACACUUGUAACAGUCUUCAAUAUUUGUAGUUUCAUGUUGUAUGGCCAAAGUGACAGCAUGUUGGAUGCUGUGUUUCAAUCUGUACGCCUCCAUAUUGUAUCGUUGUUGUACAUAACACUUCCCAUAAUGUCCUGAUUGUAUGAAUUUCGUUAUUCUUCAUUUUCAACACCAUGUUUUACUACCUGUUGUCCAAAUAUAAUUAUGUAUGUUCUGGUAUAUAGCACACACUUGUUUAUAAUACUAUGUUUUUAAAAUGUUGUUUCUAUAUUUAAAAUACCUGUUCGUUAUUCGAUUAUUAAUAAACCAGAUCCAAACUGUG